GGCACCCGAGAACAGUGGUGCACUGUUUCUGCUGCCCCCGUUUACCUAAUUGGCCCAGGCGCCCCAUCAGAGCAAAGCCGCCCAAGAGCUCCUCGCUGGCCGCCCCCGCGGCCCGCAGCUCGGUAGAGGCGGGAAAGCAGCGCGCCUGCGCCGUGGGAACCGGGGCCGGAGGCGAAAAGCGGGGAGCGGAGGGGGGCCGUUGGAGCCGAGUAGCGUACAGAGCGGCGUGUGACGCGGGGACGCCGCGCGCUCCCAACGUCGCCCCGGUUUGACGCACACGGCACCAAACUGCUAAGAUGGCGGCGGCGGCCGAGGAGGCGGAGUUGGUGCUACACAAGGAGCCCGGGCCCCGGGUUCGGGGAGGCGGCGGCCGCGGCGGCCGCGGGGGGCGGCGGAGCCUGAGGUCUGAUUCCCUGGCCUUUGUGUCCCUGGGAGCUUAAUCUCUGCCAGAGGAAAGCAGGUGUGCUCCACUUCUCCCGUGAACCUGAAGAUGAGUUGUCCCAGACCCUUCUCAGUGAUUGGAAACUUAGGUGGUGGAGCUAAAGGUUUCUUGUUACGAGACUUCCACAGACGACUCUCGUGUUGGGAUCCAUCCAUGGUUUAGCAACAUUAGUGGAAAACUUUUCUUGAACUGAGUAAUACUGACAUAAAUUUAGUUUUUAUAAAACUUUGAUGUCUAGACUUCAGAUUUUGUGUGGUCAUUAAGAAGUACUCAACAAGGGGGUAAACACAAUGAGGGCCUAAAUGAUGGUCCUGUUUUGUAUACAAGUCAAUAAUUACAACAGAAAUACCAAAACACCAUCAUCUCUUCUGGCCAUUUCCGACUAAUGCCAGUCUUGUUGCAUCUGGAUGAUAGAUUAGAUUUGCCUUAAUAGUAUAUUGCUUCUCUGCUGUAGUUUAGUUCCAUUUCUUUGGUCCAAGAAGAAGGACAGCAUUUCAAAAAAUAGACAACUCAAGUUACUCAAAGGAAACCUGCUCUUUGCCUUCAGUGUCGUGUAUAGGACAUCCUUUGACAAUUGAGAGAUGUUAGCAUGGAAAACAAAGUCCUGUGAGAUAACUUUCCAGGAGGAGAAAAGCAGAGGAUUUCAGGGAGAAGAAAAGAAGCAUGCCAGGACAGAAGCAGCAGCGCACACUUCCAAAUGGAGGAAAGUUUGAGUUAAUUUCGAAUGAGAUUGUUUUUGCAACGAGAUGUUAAUAAGACAAAAUCUAGACUAAAUGUGUUAAAUGGGCUUGCCAACAAUAUGGAUGAUGUGAAGAUAAACACCGAUAUUACUGGUGCUAAAGAAGAACUCCUAGAUAACAACAGUUUUAUCUCAGACAAAGAGAGUGGAGUUCAUAAACCAAAAGAUUGUCAAACAUCAUUUCAGAUAAAUAAUACGCUCACUCUGCCUGAAGAACUGUCAAAGGACAAAUCUGAAAAAGCCUUAAGUGGAGGCCAGUCUACUCUGUUUAUACAUGCUGGUGCUCCUACUGUUUCUAGUGAAAACUUUAUCUUGCCUAAAGGAGCUGCUGUUAAUGGACCAGUUUUACACUCCUCCUUAGCUAAGACUUCCAAUAUGAAUAAAGGCAGCGUUUCAUUAACCACUGGACAACCUGUGGAUCAGCCAACAACAGAAUCUUGUUCAACUUUGAAGGUGGCACCUGAUCUUCAACUAUCUACACCACAGAAAUCAAGUCAACACCAAGUUUUAUUUUUGUUAUCAGAUGUAGCACAUGCUAAAAAUCCAACCCAUUCCAUUAAAAAACUACCUACCUCUGCUUCCGUUGGUUGUGACAUUCAGAAUUCAGUAGGGAGUAGUAUAAAGUCAGAGAGCACUUUAAUAAGUCAAGUAGAGGUGGGUGAGGAUAGUGAUGAUUUAUUGGUAAAAGAUGAUUGUGUCGAUACAUUGACAGGAAUUUCCUCAGGUACAGAUGAAUUUAGGUCAGAAAAUGACACAAACUGGGAUCCCCAAAAAGAGUUCAUUCAGUUUCUUAUGACUAAUGAAGACACAGUGGAUAAAGCUCCAGUUCACUCUAAAGUAGGUCUAGAGAAAAAGAGAAAGCGAAAAAUGGAUGUAAGCAAGAUUACUCGUUAUACUGAGGAUUGCUUUAGUGAUUCUAAUUGUAUACCCAAUAAGUCAAAAAUGCUAGAGGUAGACUUUCUGGAACAGAAUGAAGAACUACAAGCAAUAGACUCACAGAAAUAUGCAUUAUCAAAAGUGAAGCCUGAAUCAACUGAUGAAGACUUGGAAUCUGUGGAUGCUUUUCAGCAUCUAAUUUAUAACCCAGAUAAGUGUGGAGAAGACAGUUCACCUGUUCAUAGUAGCACUUUUCUUUCAAAUACCUUAAAAAAGAAAUGUGAAGAAAGUGAUUCCGAGUCACCUGCUACUUUCAGCACUGAAGAGCCAUCGUUCUACCCCUGUACAAAGUGCAAUGUGAAUUUUAGGGAGAAAAAGCACCUCCACAGGCAUAUGAUGUAUCAUUUAGAUGGGAAUAGCCACUUUCGCCAUCUUAAUGUCCCAAGGCCAUAUGCUUGUAGAGAAUGUGGACGGACAUUUCGAGAUCGUAACUCACUUCUAAAGCAUAUGAUUAUUCACCAAGAAAGAAGACAGAAGUUGAUGGAGGAAAUUCGUGAAUUGAAAGAACUUCAGGAUGAAGGAAGAAGUGCACGAUUACAGUGCCCACAGUGUGUGUUUGGUACCAAUUGCCCUAAGACAUUUGUGCAGCAUGCUAAAACCCAUGAAAAAGAUAAAAGGUACUACUGUUGUGAAGAAUGUAACUUCAUGGCAGUGACAGAAAAUGAAUUAGAAUGCCAUCGAGGCAUUGCCCAUGGAGCAGUGGUAAAAUGCCCUAUCGUCAGUUCUGAUGUAGCCCAGAGAAAAACGCAAAAAAAGACUUUCAUGAAAGAUUCUAUUAUAGGAUCAUCCAAAAAAUCAGCCACCUACAUAUGUAAGAUGUGUCCUUUUACUACUUCAGCCAGAAGUAUUUUAAAAAAACACGUGGAAUACUUGCAUUCAUCAUCAUGCAUUGAUUCAUUUGGUAGUCCUCUUGGACUUGAUAAAAGAAAAAGUGACAUUCUCGAAGAACCUAUCGAUAUUGAUAGCACUAAACCAUUAAUUAAACAACAGUCAACGACAUUUCCAAAGAACUCUGCUUUAAAACAAGAUGUAAAGCGAACAUUUGGAUCAUCCUCACAAUCAAGUAAUUUUUCCAAAUUCCAUAAGAGACCACACAGAAUACAAAAAGCUCGGAAAAGCAUUGCCCAGUCAGGUGUAAACAUGUGCAAUCAAAACAAUUCUCACAAGACUGUUAUGAUUAAAAGCAGCACUGACCAAAAACCGAAGUAUUUCCAUCAAGCAGCGAAAGAAAAAUCUAAUGCCAAGGCAAACAGCAACUAUUUAUAUAGACACAAAUAUGAAAACUACAGGAUGAUCAAAAAAUCAGGUGAAUCAUAUCCUCUACAUUUCAAAAAAGAAGAGCCCAGUUCAUUAAAUUCUUUACAUCUGUUCUCGUCAUCAGGUAAUUCUCACAACAAUAGUUUCAUUUCAGACCCUCAAAACUCUGACACCAAAAGGCCGGAAAGCUUCAAAGAACACAGGCGUGUAGCUGUAAAGAGAGUAGUGAAGGAGUCUAAGAAGGAAAGUUCUGUUGGAGGAGAAGACUUAGAUAGCUAUCCAGAUUUCUUGCAUAAAAUGACUGUUGUUGUUCUGCAAAAACUUAAUUCCGCUGAAAAGAAAGAUAGCUAUGAAACAGAAGAUGAAAGUUCCUGGGAUAAUGUUGAGCUAGGUGACUACACUACACAGGCUAUAGAAGAUGAAACCUAUAAUGAUAUUAAUCAAGAACAUGUAAACUUAUUCCCGCUGUUUAAAAGCAAGGUGGAAGGUCAAGAGCCCGGAGAAAAUGCUACCCUUAGUUAUGAUCAAAAUGAUGGCUUUUAUUUUGAAUAUUAUGAAGAUGCUGGAACUAAUAACUUUUUGCAUGACAUACAUGAUCCUCAGCAUUUAGAAAAUGCGGAAACUUCAUUGUCAAAGCAUAGUUCUGUUUUUCACUGGACUGAUUUGUCUCUUGAGAAGAAAUCAUGUCCUUACUGCCCAGCAACAUUUGAAACAGGUGUUGGAUUGUCAAAUCAUGUUCGAGGACAUCUUCACAGAGCUGGACUAAGCUAUGAAGCCCGACAUGUUGUAUCACCAGAACAAAUAGCCACGAGUGACAAAAUGCAACAUUUCAAAAGAACUGGCACAGGGACACCUGUUAAGCGAGUUAGAAAAGCUAUAGAGAAGUCUGAAACCACUUCUGAACACACUUGUCAGCUCUGUGGUGGUUGGUUUGAUACUAAAAUUGGAUUAUCGAAUCAUGUUAGAGGCCAUCUGAAAAGACUUGGAAAGACCAAAUGGGAUGCUCACAAAUCUCCAAUCUGUGUUCUGAAUGAGAUGAUGCAAAAUGAAGAAAAAUAUGAAAAGAUCUUGAAAGCAUUGAACAGUCGUCGUAUUAUUCCCAGACCAUUUGUAGCUCAAAAACUUGCAUCAAGUGAUGACUUUCUAUCUCAAAAUGUUAUACCUCUUGAAGCAUACCGUAAUGGCCUAAAGACUGAAGCUUUAUCAGUGUCUGCAUCAGAAGAAGAAGGGCUGAGUUUCUUAAAUGAAUACGAUGAAACAAAACCAGAACUGCCCAGUGGAAAAAAGAAUCAGUCUCUUACACUGAUAGAACUGCUUAAAAAUAAAAGGAUGGGAGAAGAAAGGAAUUCUGCUAUGUCUCCUCAAAAAAUUCAUAAUCAAACUGCAAGGAAGAGAUUUGUUCAGAAGUGUGUUCUUCCAUUAAGUGAAGACAGUCCGUUGAUGUAUCAGCCACAAAGGAUGGAUUUGACUAUGCACUCAGGUAUGCCUGUGAAGCUUAGAACAUGUGUGCAUUGCAAUACGACGUUUACAAGUGCUGUUAGCCUGUCCAACCACUUACGCGCUUAUGCACGAAAGAAGAGUGCUGGACUUUUGACUGGUACAGCCUUAGAUUGUAAGCAAAAGAAAUCAAGGUCAAGAUCUGGAAGCAAGAAGAAGAUGCUGUCAUUACCUCAUGGUGCUGACGAGGUUUACAUUCUCCGAUGCAGGUUUUGUGGCCUAGUCUUUCGUGGACCAUUGUCUGUUCAGGAAGACUGGAUUAAGCACUUACAACGACACAUUGUAAACGCUAAUCUUCCACGGACUGGAGCUGGCAUGGUGGAAGUCACGUCACUACUUAAAAAGCCUGCCUCCAUUACAGAAACUUCAUUUUCUCUACUAAUGGCAGAAGCAGCUUCAUAGAACAAGGAAACCUUUUAAAUAGCAAAUUUAAAUUGGAUGUAAAUUUGAAAUUCUUUGUCUUUUUUUUUAAAGCCACGUUAAAUUAUCCGUUUAUAAAUACUAAAGCAGGAAAAUGGGGAAAAGUGAAUUACAGUGACAUCAGAGCAAACUGAGUACUUCAAACAGUAAGUAGUCUAUAUAUUUUAUAUAGGAUGGAGGAUGUGUUUUUAAGGUUUACUAAGUUUUGUCAGUUAACUGUGUUCACUCAAUGAAAGAUCAGUACAUGUAAGCAGUCAUUAGUAAACUGUUACACAUGGAUAACUUAAAGACAGACUUAAUUGGAAAAUUACAUUUUCUUCAGUGUUACCGGAAUCAAGGUUCUGUUUAUUCCCCACAAGACUUGCAUUGAAAAAUAAGAUAUUAUAUUUUGUUUGUAUGUAUUUAGUGUUUUGUAUAAUACCAGGAACCGCUAAACUAAAUUUACUCAACUUAGGGCAUUAAAUAUCAUGUACUUCAUAGUUUGAGACUGUUCACUCAAAUAGGGCAGAGUACUAUUCUAUCUAGAUGUGUAAGUGUUUUUUUAAAAUCACAUGGAACGGUUUUUUUUAUACUAAAAAGUGGAGGGAGAUUUGUUUAAACAAGUAUUUCUAAAAGAAAUAUGUACAUAGUCCUGGAAAUUAUUUGUGGUAAGGAAAUAUUCUUUACUCCAGUUGCAUUUCUCAGACAAUAAAGUGGUGCAUCCAUGCUACCUCCUACUUUGUCAACAAAGAUGCUAUUUACCCUUUACAUUUUUGUAUCAUAAUAGAUUUAAAAAAUCUAAUGUUCUUUAUUGCAAGACAUCCUUUUGUUAACAGAUUUGUUUCUUUUUAAUGUUUUACCUAAACUUUGACAUGCUUACAGGACAGGUUUGCCUCUUACUUUAUUUAACAUUGUAGAAAUGUAAUUAAUAAACAAUGCUCACUACACAACUUAGAAUAGGCUUUCUCAUUUAUAUUCCAAAUUUGAUCAGUUAGCAAAACUUAAUACACCAAUUGAAAUAUUUCUACAUAUGAUGAGAAUGUUUACAAUUUAAAUCUUAGAACUUGUUUUGGAUGUGAUUAUAUGUACGAAAAUCGUGUAACACUAUGCUCAUGCUAAGAAUCGACAUAACGGAAUUACUGAAAUAAAUGUGCUGUGAGGAAUGGAAAAUAUGGUGCAGAUGUCUUGGUCAUGAUAAAUUGUGAUUCUUUUAAACUCUUUCCAAAAACAAAAUAUUUCUUUUAAUCUACAGUCAGAUUCCUUUACAAAUAACAGUUUUUGUAUGCAAGCACCAUUUCAUUUUAUUUCAUGUAGUAUGGCUAAUACUAUAGUUGAAAUAAGGAUAUGCAUUGAUAAUUUUCUUCAUAUGUAAAUAAAGUUAAAAACAGUUAAAAUAAGGAGUAUUUUGGUAGAGUAUAUACAUACCUCACUGCCAGUGAAAUUGCUUUCCUAUGGUAUAUCUCCUUACCAGAAAAAUCUCUAAAUAAAAAAGACUUAAAGAAAAUUA